AUGGCUCGAUUGAAUUACACGGUAUCAGAAACUAUUGAUCGUCGUGAUGGUAAAAUUUUCGAAGUUACGUAUGUUUAUGAGGAAACAGAAAAGGAGGAUCAAGAUUUAAUACAAGCAAAAAAGACAGGAAAAGCACGACGAUUUCGAUGGUCAAUCAAACGAGAGGAUUAUGAGGAAAUGGCCACCAUUGGUAUUAAAGAUGCCCUUCCAUUCGAUAGUUUUGUCUCUGUUCUACGACCAUUUAUGAUGGGAACAUACUCACCUGACUCAAUUAAAGAAGCCUUCAAACUUCUCGACAAAGAUGGAUCAGGUACUAUUGAUAUUGAUGAACUCACUGCUUUUGUUCCUUUUAUUCAACCAAGUGUAACUAAAGAUGUUUUAUCCUAUUAUAUUGAACAAGUUGACACCAAUGAUGAUUCUCAACUUAAUUUGGAUGAAUUCACUGAUUUGGUAUUAAGAGGUAUCGGCCGAGAAAUCGUAUGUCAUCAUAAAUAA